UAAAUUGCGUGCAGAGAACUUGGCGAACCAGUCUGGUGGCACACGUAGUCUUAUAACUAGGCAAAUCAUCUCUUACUUAAUUCCAGCUCUGACAGUUGUCUCAACUUCUUGAGCCGAUUUCUCUUCGCCUUUUCAAGACUUGGUCAAGAACGUGGCACAGGACCGAGAAAAUGGCGCGUGCGAGACGGCUCCUCUUCCUAGUCGAAAUUUUGUUCCUGGCGGUAAGUUUGAGUUCUAGCGACCAGGAAACUGUCAACGAUUUCGGCGAUGGAAUUCGAAGCGUGGAAGCAGAAGCUACGACGUGGCCGCCGAACGUUGUCUCCUCAGAAGACGACCCCUCCCUCGCGCCAGGCCAUCUGAAGCCCAUCGGCGCGAACGUCCCGAACAAGGCCGUGAAGGUCCUGCAGGGCUUCCCUCCCCCUGACGUGUUCCUCCGGGACUACGCCAUCCCGUCCGUGCCCGUGCUGUUCAGGGCAGCGGUGACCGACUCCGUCGCCUUCAAGAACUGGAACACGGACGAGUAUUUCCGGCAGUUUUCGGAGGCGGACAGGCAGACGCACACCAUCGAGACCAGGAAGAAGGAGGUCCGGACACAGAGACCCACCGCCUUGACACUGCGCCAGUUCCUGGAUAGAUACAACCAGGAAGACAUCUACAUGGUGGAGGCCGUGCCCAGCUUCUUAAGGAAAGAUGUCCCCAUGCCAAAGUCCCUCCUGUGUGAACCACUUACCAACUUGCUGGUAGACACGGUGAUGUGGUUCAGCAGUGGAGGCACCAAGUCUGUUCUACACAACGAUGAUGUAGACAACAUCAACUGUCUGUAUGCUGGGAAGAAGGAACUUGUCUUCAUCAACUUCCCAAGAUACAGAAAUAAGGUGGACCUUGACCACCCUGAGGGAAGCUACUCAAGUAUGGAUGUUGAAGCGGUUGAUUUUACCAAGUAUCCAUUCAUGAGAGAUGUGGAGUAUCACAGAGUCAACAUGUCAGCAGGGGACUGUCUCUAUAUACCAUACAGAUGGUACCAUCAGGUGAACUCCUACGGCCGUAACAUUGCGGUGAACGUGUGGUGGGAACACAACCUCAAGAAGUACGUUGAAGCGUUGUCACAGGACUGCGGAGACCUGUCUGAAGAUGCGACCCUCGCUGACUUUAACAUUGAGAACCCACAAGAAGAACAACCCUCAGAUCAUCUGAAGGAGUUUCUAGACAGUGUCAAGGAUGAGACUGUGACCUUUGAGGUCUUUGAGGCCAGUGUCAAGAAGGAUAGGGUGGCUACAGAGCUGAUUAUUUGGACACCAGAAUGCAGACAGAUUAUUAAAGAGAUGUUUGACGAGAUUGACAGGAACGAGGACUCUGUACUCACUCAGGAUGAAUUAGAUCUUAUGCAAGAGGAGGAGCUUGAGGAAGUACUCGGGGAAAAGCUAGAUGGCAUAAGGACUGUCAUCAUCGACCAAGUAGCACAGCUCAGACAGUCUGUUGAAGCAGAGGUGGCCAGGGGGCGGGCAGAGAGUUAUGUAGAACUGGUGAAGAAGCUGCUGGAUGAAGGAAGAACAACUUUAGCUGGCGCUGAUGAGUCAGCAGAACAAGGUCAUCAGGAGCUGUGAGAUAGCAACAACUGGAUUGACACUGUAACAGUGGGGUUCAAGCGCCGCUAACAGAUCCAUUCCAACGGGUCCGGACCUUUUGGCAUAGUUGUUAGUGUGCUGGUGUUGUGAGCUGGCUGCCUGGGUUUGGCGUGGGUUUGAUUCCCGGCGUCCCUGGAGUCAGUGAUUUUCCUGUUUCUACUCGCUCCUAUUUCUUUCACUGGUUGCCACACCAGGAACCGAACCCAGGCCUUGGCGAUGAGGGCGCCAAAUCAUGAACCCCACUGUUACAGCACUUCUCUGCAGUCUGUCUUAGGUCUCUUGCUGCUAACUCCCACCGUUAACAAUAGACAUUUGGUGCAUGGGUGCACCCUUAGGCGGGUGAAGGUUAUUCAUAGAAGAUCUGGGAUGUCCCAGGAAAGAUUUAGGGUUGGUGUAAAUAUUUUUAGUUGGUAAUAAGAUGAAAUUAGGUAAGGCAGCUGGCACAGAUUAUUUUAUUUUGUGCUUUUUUCUGUUGUACAAUGUCAAACUCCCAUAUUCUGUACUUUCAGAACCAACCCAUACAACAUUUCCAGAUAUAUUUGUUGUAGACGAUUGGUGAUAAUAUAUACAUGUAAUGCAUCUACCGGUACUACUUUUCUUGAAAGCUAAAAUUUGAGUGUGAUAUGUUCUGGCUGCAUAUCGAUAUACAUGUACAUAUAUACGUACAAUAGAAGAUUUUAAGUCUGAACCUGUCAACAUAUGUAACAAGGCUGUAAUUUAAAAAAAAACUGAGAUAUACACUUCAAACAUACAUUACCAGGUGUUUAUAUAUAUAUAUAUUAGAGAUACACUGUAUGUGAAAGUGACUGUAGCUUAAGUGUGGGGCAUUUGGCUUUGAGAAUACCAAGGAGCUUUAUUUGGCAGCUCCUUGAGAAUACUUUAACGUUUCAUGUAUUAUAAUGUUUAGGCAAGGAGUGUAUAGUGGCCACACCAAUUUGUAUCUUAGUUCUCAAAUACCACCAGUUUCAUUUUUUCUGAUUUGCAAAAAAAAGUGCAACGUGUAAGGUUCUGAAUCAAGCCCUAAAUGCUCAUUUUUUUGCCACUAACAGUUGAGCAAAGUUUAUUUUUUUGGCUGACCAUCUCAUUGGUCUCCUGCAAAAAUCUGAGAACAUCAAAUCAAAUUGGUAUGGCCUAAAUAAUGCUGCUAUUACUUAUUAGAGGUGUAAUAUAACUUUAUACGAUAACGGUAUGUCUUGGUAAUUGUUUGAUAUUGCACAGGAUUUAUUUUAAGAUAGAGGGACUUCAAUCAAAAUAAAUCAUUUUCAAUCA